UUGCAGUUCGUCUGCGGUCACACAACGCAAAGGUACGUGUCCAAAAUCAUGAAAGUAAAAACAAUGCUGCUGCUGCGAAACGUAAAUACUCGCUAAACUCGUGAAAUUGGCCAGUGCGAAUCGCUGGUCUAGGCUCCGGUGGGAAAUUCAGAUGCACUUCGUCGGCGAAACGAUUAACAACUUAGCACGCAACAACAAAUCCCAGCGGCGACAACAAUAAUAGCAACAGCAGAGAGCGCAAGCAACAGCAACAGUCACGAAACUAGCAACGCCCACCUAAAAUCAAAAACAUAAUGACCACACACACAGUGCAAAGAAAUCUCUGGGCAUCCAGUUUAGUGGUUCUGAUCUUGCUCCUCUAUUGGACGGACUCCACCCGAGGAUACUUCGCCGCCAUCGACGAGGCGGAAACCAACAAGAAUUGCUUCUGCGAGUUGGAGGGAUCUAUAAACGACUGCAGCUGCGAUGUGGACACCGUGGACCAUUUCAACAACAUGAAGAUCUAUCCGCGGCUGCAGAGUCUGUUGGUGAAGAACUUCUUCCGCUUCUACAAGGUGAAUCUGCGGCAGGAGUGCCCUUUCUGGCCGGACGACAGUCGCUGUGCGAUCCGUUUCUGCCAGGUGGAGAACUGUGAGGAGCAAGCGAUACCCCAGGGAAUCAAGGAGAAGGGCGAGCACAAGGAGAAGGCUUCAUUCAAGUACACGCGAGAGGCACAAGUGGAAGGCGGAGCGUGUUCAGAUGGUGAGGAUUUCGAUAGCUCUCUGGGUUUCCUGGACACGAGCAUCAGUGACCAGGCGCACCGGGAAUUUGAGCUGUGGGCGAAACACGAUGAAGCCGAGGAGGACUUUUGCAUAGUAGAUGACCACGAAGAGGGCUCCCAGUAUGUGGACUUGCUGCUGAAUCCCGAGCGAUACACCGGAUAUCGAGGGGAAUCAGCACACCGCAUCUGGAAGAGUAUCUACUUGGAGAACUGCUUCGGUGGCAACAAUGAAACUGCCAACAAGUUCUCCAGUUAUGUUCCCCACUUGGAUCUGCGGGACGUGUGCCUGGAACAGCGCGCCUUUUACCGCAUUAUCUCCGGUCUCCACUCCAGUAUUAACAUCCAUCUGUGCUCCAAGUAUCUGCUGUCCGAGUCGAAGGACUUCCUCGAUCCACAAGGCAUCUGGGGUCCGAACGCCAAGGAGUUCAAGCGACGCUUCAGUCCGGAAACAACAGGUGGCGAGGGCCCUCAUUGGUUAAGAAACCUCUACUUCAUUUACCUGGUGGAACUGCGUGCUCUGGCCAAGGCUGCUCCUUAUCUGCGACGCGAGGAUUACUACACAGGCAUCGCCGAGGAGGAUGAGGAGGUGAAGCUGGCCAUCAACGAUUUGCUGAGUGUUGUAGAAAAUUUCCAGUCCCACUUCGACGAAAACGCUCUCUUUAGCAGCGGCAUUGCCUCCAUUAAGUUCAAGCACGACUACAAGGAGAAGUUCCGCAACAUAUCCCGCAUCAUGAGUUGCGUGGGCUGUGACAAAUGCAAACUAUGGGGAAAGCUGCAGACGCAGGGUCUGGGCACUGCCCUCAAGAUUCUCUACUCUGAAAAGCUGAAUUUAGCGACGGAAAGCGGGUUGUGGGAUAAACCGCACAUCGAGGCUGAUCCCAUUUUUAGGCUGUCGCGUACAGAGAUUGUCGCUCUAUUCAAUGCCUUCGGCAGAUUAUCCAACAGUAUAUACGAGAUGGAGAACUUCCGGCGCGUGCUGAGAUAACCCAUCCAACCUGGAUCAACCGAGUGUCGUCCCGGAUCCAAUUCGCUUCACAGGAGCAGCUCUGCGCCGCCGCUCCACCUAUUAGUUAAUUCAUACGCACAUCGCUGGGGCUGCAUCUUGGGCAUCCUCCUGAAUGCAGCUUUCCUUCCAUAGUUCGUAACACUUGACCGGCCAGAGGCUAGCAACCCCAGGAUAGCUGCUUCCCUGUACAUACAAACGAUUACCCCUAGGCUACUUGUACUUUAGCGCACCGUAUCACCCUCAUGUCAAAACAUACCCGAAAACCAAAAGACAAAAAAAAAAAACGCCCAGGAAGGAUGCAGGUGUUUAUUUUAAGUUAGGAUAGUAUUUAUUGUAGCUGGAGGAGUUUGUAAGCAGAACUUAAUGAGAAAGUAAACGCAUUGUGCAAUAACUCGACCUUACGACACACAGGAUUUAAAAUAAACGUGCAGUCAGAUGUUUUGAAACCCCCA